UGGCCUUGCCCAAGAAGCCCUAGAAGCUGAAGGAGUCGCUUCCAGCGCCGCCUCCGCCCAAGCUUCCAGUGCCACAGGGCGUCGGCAAAAAAAGACUGGUGGUAAAACUUCUGUAGACAUGGCUAGUUCUGACAUGAAACCAAAAUCAAUAAGUCGUGCCAAAAAAUGGUCAGAUGAGAUAGAGAAUCUGUACAGAUUUCAGCAAGCAGGAUAUCGGGAUGAAAUUGAAUAUAAACAAGUGAAGCAAGUCUCUAUGGUAGAUCGUUGGCCAGAGACAGGCUAUGUGAAGAAACUUCAGAGAAGAGAUAAUACUUUCUAUUACUAUAAUAAACAGAGGGAAUGUGAAGACAAGGAGGUUCAUAAAGUGAAAAUUUAUGCUUAUUAGCAUUUCUUCAUUGUGUGAUUUGUUAUUUAUUUAAAAAAACCCACUGAGUUUCAUGAUAUAAUAUGUAAAAUGUUUGUCACAUCACCAGCUGUAUUCUUCACCUUAAUACUUUGUAACAUAAAAGUAAUGAAACUAGCUUUCUUUUAAGCCACCUUGCCCCAUAGUUUAAAAUAUCUGAUAGAUAAGUGAAUAAAUAAAAUGUCAUCUUCU